AUGGCUUUUCUAACUGGAACAUCCUCACGAUUUUCCCACCAUGCAUCACCACAGCGUGUAGCUUCUCUCCAUACAACCCUACGUUCUCUAUCUACAACCUCACCUACACCUUAUGCUCCACCGCCUCCUCCAUCGGCUUCCUCUCCCGGCGGCCUUUCAAAGACGGCGGAGUACGUGAUCUCAAAGGUUGAUGAUCUCAUGAAUUGGGCUCGUCGCGGUUCCCUCUGGCCUAUGACCUUUGGCCUCGCUUGUUGUGCUGUGGAAAUGAUGCAUACUAGUUCCGCUCGUUACGAUCUGGAUCGAUUUGGGAUCAUUUAUAGACCUAGCCCUCGACAAUCUGAUUGCAUGAUUGUUGCUGGUACUCUUACCAACAAGAUGGCACCCCCUCUUCGCAAGUGGAUGUGA